AACAACAACCAAUUUUGAUGGGUAUUUCAAGCCAUAAUAUUAUACAUAAUAUGAGUGAAGAAGAAAUUGAAAAACCAUUCAAUGCAAAGAAAUUCCAAGAUGAUUUAAGAUCAAUUGUACCAGGUUAUGAUGAAAACCAUAAUAUUUUAUCAGAGUCAUCAGGUCACUCAGAAUCAUCACAAAGUGAUUAUGAUGAUCUUUCCGAGCAACGUCAGGUUAGUGUCAAAAAGAGAGGUAGAGAACAAGAAGAAAUUGAUGUUUCUGGUUUAACCGUUUUACCACGCGAAAAAGUUUUAAAACUUACAAGUAAAGAGAUUGAAGAUUAUGUUUCCCGUUUAAAGCAAAACCAUGUUCUCACUCAAUCCGAAGAGAAAGAUUUAAAGAAGCAAAGACGUUUAGUAAAGAAUCGUGAAUAUGCUUCACAAUCUCGUUCUCGUAGAAAGGUUUAUGUCGAAAAUAUUGAAUCAAAACUCCAAAAAACCAAUCAAGACUGCAUGAGCAUCAAAACUCAAUUAAAUCAAGUCAAAGAAGAAAAUAAAAUGUUAAAAAAACAAUUGUACAGUAUAGUUUCAACCCUUAAAUCUGAUUCUUCUUUGGCCCAAGCUUUUGGAAAAUUAUUUGCUCCAUUAGGUAAUAACAAACCAUCAUCCACUACUACCUUAUUUAUUUUCAUAUUUUUAUUCUCUUUUACAUUUUUAUUCAAAUCACCAAUUUCAUUUAACUCACCAUCUUCUACUAUUACUUUUAAUUCAGAUAGUGCAUCUUUACAACGUAAUUUAUUGGAGUUUGAUGAGCCAACCGCUGCACCAAGCUCUGAAUGGAAGAGAGCUAUUUUAGAAGAAACAAAACAAUAUAUUGAUAACUUGGUAGAUUCAGUUUAUUCAAAUAUUAGAUUUAAAGAGGUAUCAGAAACUAAAUUAAAUACUGAAACAUUCUUACCAAUUGACAGUAAAGAAAAUAAUACUACCGAUAAAAAACAAGUAGAAACCACCAUCACCGCAGAUGAUGAAAUUACAAAUAUUUUUGGUAAAGUUUCAUUAGAUGAUGCUGAACCAGAAAAAUGUAAAAAUAACGAAAAUACUUUUGAUGAUUUUAAAGAAACUUUAAGAUCGAAUUCUCCACCUUUAACACAAUAAAAUAUCAUUUUUUUUUACAUAUAUAUAAAAUAAUUAAU